CACAAUGCGAUCGGAGAUCCUACACACGUUGAUACAAAUGUCAUUCCCGAGACCCAAGCGCUUGAGCCCGACCGUACCUCAUCGCACUUUACUCUCAGAACGCUUACAGAUAUACUUCUCCAAACUUCCUUUGUCGAGUCAACCUUGAAAUGCAUCUGACAAUGCCCUUCGAAGCCCCGUACCCCUGCUGCUAGGAUCGAGUCCUGCUAUAAAUUCAGAGCUUGAACCAACGAACUUCCGCACUAUCAACCUCCGACUCUACCAUUCAUACACUCCUACACUAGACUCACUUUCUCAGCUCAAACACAGGGCCAUUCAAUCACACAGCAUCUUGUUAUUUUCGAGUGGAAGAGACAAGAUGGCUCAGAGAUUCGAACAAGCCAUCCUGACCGACGAAGUGGCCGUCAUCGAACCCGGAGCCGUGGGCAGCAUUACCUUCACCGCUCCAGGCCCAGACUCCGGAGAGAACAAGAAGGACAAUGAGAGUGGCGAAAUCGAAUUCAGAGCCAUCGGCACUGCCAAGCUCUUGAGCAAUACUGCCGCGGUCGUGGUCAUGAUCGGCAGCGAGUGCGUGGUGCUCGCAAACAUUCCUGCCCCCGCCCCCGUCGAGCCCAACGAGACAGUUGAAGCAGUGACCCGGAACUCGAUGAAUACAUUUCUGGAAGUGUGUCACCGCACGAUAAGCCCCGCCGCGCCUCGAAAGUAUGUGAUCGUCGAAGCCAUCUGCCCGAUUUUCCGGGCGUGGAAGCUCCCUGAUAGAGUGAGCCUUAUCGGGAGAAUGCUGAAAGAGGCGCGACCGGGGGCUGUGCCGUCAGAAGUUGGAUAUAUGUCUCACCGCGUCACACCUGAUGUGACGAAAGGACAGGUAUUUGUGGAUGCCAGGGUUCAUCCGCCGAAGCUUUAUGUGAAUAAUGUGGAGAUGCUCCGGGUGCACGUUUUAAUCGCAGAUGCUGAAUAA